ACCAAAACUAUUUGGAUAGACUGGAUGGCGACAUAUGCGGAAGCUUGUCUCGAGUGCUGAAAAUACAAAGAAGCCGUUCAUGUUCAUACUGGCGUAAGUCAGUAUGGCAGAACAACAGGGCUUAUCAUGGGAAGAAAUCCUGGACCUCAAAAUUCAGAGGGAAAGAGUUUGGGUUGACGGAAGAAUGCAAGAGAUGCAGACCCUCAUUUUUAAAGAGCUGGAAUACAAGAUCAUGAAAGCCAAUGAGUCAUGGGAAGCCAAGGAGAUGAAAUACAGAGAGAGGGAUAAGAAAAAACAGGAAGAUGAGAAAUUUGUAAGACCUUGUCAUGAAAACCCGGUGGACAAUUGGAUCUGUGAGGAGAUGAAAAAGAUGGAAGCAGAGAGAAGACGAGUGGAAGAAAUUAAGAUGAAAGAGAGAAUUGACUUGGAGGUCCUCAGAAAGACACUGAAGGAGGGUGAGGAAAAGCUGAGAGAGAGUGAGAGAAUGGAGAAGAAGCAUAAGAAGGUCCUUGAUGAAGAGAGAGACAGCCUUGAGAAAGACAGGACAAAACUGAGGCAGGAGAGGAGGGAAGUAGCAGAACGGAAGGCUGAACUAGACCUACGGCGGCUGGAGCUGGAAGGGGCCAGACUGCGAAGAGAAGAGGAGAAGAGGAGAUUACAUGAAGACAGAGAGAGAAUGAGGAAAGAACAAGAGCAACAUCUGAAGGAGUUGGAGAUUCAACGGAAGAAACUCGAACAGAGCGAGGUAGCACUCAAGGAGAAGGCGGCACAGAAGAAAGAGAAGUUUCUCCUGAAAAAGAAGGAAUUAGAGAGCGAGCGUCAAACAAUUGAAACUGAGAAAAAGAACACUCAGGAAGAACUAAAAGCAGUGCAGGAAAAAGUGUACACCCUGAAAUCACAACUACUGGAAGAGGAAGGUCGGAGAGAGGUGCUGCGAACUGAGGAGGCCAUUAACAGAGCAAAUCUGGAGCAAGAAUGGAGGAAACUUGAGAUAGAGAGAAGGAUACAGGAAGACCAGCUGGAGAUGGAGAGAAAAAACAUAGAGACCCAACGACUUCAACUGCAGCAGGAGGAGAGAAAGAUGAAAGGGGAGGCCACUCUGAACAAAGAGAAGAUGAGGAUGGAGAAAAGGAGGAGUGAAGAUGAGAUGGAGGCCCAUCGACUGCAACUGCUGGAGGAGGAGAGGAUGAUGAAAGAGAAGGCUGCUAUGACAAAUGAGAAGAUGGCUGCAAAAAUGAAAGAGGCUGAGGAAGAAUGGGAAAAGAUUAAGCGAGAGAGAAGAUCCUUAGAAAGAACAGUCCGUGAGAGGGUUACCCAAAGAAAGAAAGAACUUGAGGAUGAAUGGGAAAAGAUUGAUAGUGAGAGGAGGGCCAUGGAAGCAAGACUUGAGAGGCAGAGACAAAGACUGGUAAAGAUGGAGAAAGAGCACUGGGACAAUCUGGAAAAAGAGGAGGAGCGAAUUCUGGACAAAUUGAGCGCCGAAAAAAGAAAGAUAGAAAGACAGAAAAAAUGCCUUGACGCAGAGAGAAAGGAACUGUAUUACAGAGAAGAAGGGGAGCAAAGAGACAUGGAAAUUCAAAAAGAAAAGCUGGAGGCAACAGAGAAGAGACUGUUGUACAAACAUGCACUGAGACAACAGAGAGGUGCCAUGAGAAACAUGGAGAUGGAGGAGGAGUGGAUGGACAUUAAGAGACGAACUGAAUCUGGGAAAAAAGUAUGGCUCAAUAAUGAUGCAACAAUGGAACCAAUCAGUGGCAUUGGACGUUGUUGUAUGGAUGCAGAGAAGACCUUCUCAAGGAAAUCAAAGGCUGGGAAGGGGGCAGAAUAUGAAAAGCAAAAACAUGCUGUUGAACUCUCCCCCUCGGACAGUGAUGAUGAUCCUUGUGAUAGUGAUUGGGAGGCUACCCCAGAGCUCAGAAAGUCCAUACAUAACACCUCGGGAAAUACAAAUGUACCAGCGAAGAGUGAGGAAAUGAACAAGGACAGUGCAAUCAAACAUGAUGGAAGUGUCCCAGCGAUGAAAGAAAAUAAUGUCUCUGAUCAGGAUCACACGCUUUUGCCUCUAGAAAGCCCACCAGCACCCAUAACACCACAGCCUCAAGUGUAUGUGACUGAAAUGGAUCAGAGUGACUCUAAACCCAGCCCUCUGGUGGAGAGAACAGAAAAGAUACCAGAAAAUGGCGAGGUAAUGGACAAGGACAUUGAUAUCAAACAUGUCAAAAGUGUCCCUGCUAGGAGAGAACAAGUGCUCACCACUGAAAGUGAAAUUAGCGAAGCUGCAGUGGAACAGGAACAUGAGUAUUCUCCUGGGAAGAGUGAUGGGAAUGACUGCCAGGUGAAAGAGGCUGAAAUAAUCCCCAAACACAAGAGCUGUGACGAAAGUAAGAAAGACAAUACAAAUGUGAAAAUGGGUGAGCUGCAUAGCAUGCUAGUAGAUGCAAAAGAGAAUGCAAAGAAACAAGCCGAACAUCUGGAUGUGGAUGAGUUGAUUGAGGGAGAACUAAAAACAAUGGAUAAAAAUGAACAGGCAAGGUCCUCUGAAAAGGGCCCAACAAUAAUGAUGGAACAGCCUACAAAGAAACAUGAGACUCUCUCGCAAGAGGUGGAGAAUGAGAAUAAUCCACAGGCAAGUCCAAACCCAGAACCCACGCCACCACAGGCUCAAGGGUCUGUGACGAAGAUGGAGCAGGAGGAGUCCUCCUCAUGGGACAGUAAUGACAGUGAGUCAAAACCCAGCCCUCUGGUGGAGAGAGAGGAAAAGAUACUUGGGAAAGGCGAGGUGAUGGAGGCUGAGGCUCUCUUGCUUGAGGUGGAGAAUGAUGAUAAUCCACAGACGAACACAACAACUCAACCACCCUUGAUAAACCACAAUGUGACCAGGCCAUCUCCAGGAGAUAUUGAGGAGAAGUCUCCAGCAAACCCACCAGCACCCAUGACACCACAGGCCCAGGGGACUGUAACUAAAACGGAGGAAAGUCAGUCUAAACCCAGCCCUCUGGCGGAGAUAAAAAAGAUAGUGGUAAAUGGCAAGGGAAUGCACAAAGACAUUGAUAUCGAAAAUGUCGAAAGUGUCCCCGCAAGGAAAGGGCAAGUGCUCACCAUUGAAGGUGAAAGGAGGGAAGAUGCCAUAGAAGAGGGUGCUGAGUAUUCUCCUUGGAAGGGGGACGAGAAUGACUCAGAGAUGGAAGAGGCUGAAAUAAUCCCCAAACAGAAGGACUGUGAAGAAAAUAAGAAAGACAAUGCAAAGUUGAAAGUGGGAAAGCUGGAUAGAAUACUAACUGAUGCGCAAGAGAAUGUAAAGAAAUACACUGAACUUCUGGAUGUGGACGAGUCGAUUGAUGAAGAACAAAAUACAAUGGGGAAAAAUGGACAGACAAGGUCAUCAGAAAAGAGCCCAACAAUAAUAAUGGAACAACCUCCAAAGAAGCCUGAGGCUCUCUUGCUUGAGGUGAGGAAUGAUAAUAAUCCAGAGGCGAACAUAGCAACUCAACAGCCCUGGAAAAAUGACAAUUUGUCCAGUUCAUCUCUAGGAGAAAUUGUUGGAAAGCCUCCAGCUAGCCCAGCAGCACCCAUAACUCCACAUGUCCAGGGGACUAUAUCUGAAGAGGAGAGUGAGUCUAAACCCAGCCCUCUGGUGGAGAGAAAAGAGAAGGUACUCGGAAUAGGCAAGGGAAUGGACAAGGACGAAAGUGUCGAAAGUGUUUCCACAAGGAAAGGUCAAAUAUUCACGACUGAAGGUGAAAGGAAGGGAGAUUCAGUGGAAGAGGAUGCUGAGGAUUCUCCUUGGGUGAGGGACGGAAAUGACUCAGAGAUGGAAGAGGUAGAGGAGGAGGAUGAGGAGUAUUCUCCUUGGGAGGGCAACGAGAAUUACUGCAAGGUAACCGCAAUGGAUACAAAUGUACUAGCAGGGUCCUCAGAAAAGAGUACAGCAAUAAUGAUGGAACAAUCUCCAAAGAAGCUUGAGACUCUCUCGCUAGAGGUGGAGAAUGAGAAUUAUCCACAAGUAAGUACGAACCUAGCACCCACGACACCACAGGCUCAAGGGUCUGUGACUAAGAUGGAGCAGGAGGAGUCCUCUCCACUGGACAGUAAUGACAGUGAGUCAAAACCCAGCCCUCUGGUGGAGAGAAAAGAGAAGAUGCUCGGAAAAGGUGAGGGAAUGGACAAGGACGCUGAUUUAAAACAGGACGAAAGUGUUUCCUUAAGCAAAGGGCAAGUACUCACUGCUGCUGUGGAAAAGGAUGCUGAGCAUUCUCCUUUGGAGAGCGAUGAGAAUGACUCGGAAGAGGAAGAGAUAGAGGAGGAGAUUGAGGAGGAACUUGAGGAGUAUUGUCCUUCGGAGGGUGAUGGGAACGGCUGUGAGGUCACUGCUGAGGAGGAUGAGAAAAUUAUGAACGAUCACAUGUUUAAAGUGCAUGGCAUGGUAUCCAAUAUCUGGGAUGAUGCAGGUCAGGAUUUGGCUGCAUACUUGGACCUGUCUAGUGAUGAAGAGUUGGAGCUAGUGGAGGCGGAGAAACCAACAAAGUCCUCAGCAAACUGUACAAUAAAACAGCCUAUCAUGCAAGUGGUGGGUGGCAGUACAGAGAGGAGCAAAAACACCCCAAAGGCAGGCAAAAAAGACUAUGUGUGCACACCAUCCCCAACAGCAAUGUUAGGAAAAACAUUAACCAACCAACUAGCACCCAUGGCUCCACCGCAGAGCAAUCUUGUGGGAAACUGCAUCCUAGAUAAAACUCUACCUAUUGGCCUAAGUAAAGCAAACCCACUGCCACCAAUAUCGCACCCUCUGUCUUCAAUGGCAGUGGCUGGGAGAGCAUUGCCUCCUCUAAAAGCGGUGGCUUCAGAUGUGGAUGAGUUGGUUGAGAGAAAACCGCUAACAAUGAAUACAAAUGGACAGGAGAAAAGAAAAGAUGAGAUGGAGGAGAACAAAUUAAUCCACAGAGAGGAGGAAAAAGUAAAGAAGCUUGGUGUUUCCGCAAGCAAAGGGCACGUACUCACUGCUGCCAUGGAAAAGGAUGCUGAGUAUUCUCCUUGGGAGAGCGAUGAGAAUGACUCUGAGAUGGAAGAGAUAGAGGAGGAGAUUGAGGAGUAUUGUCCUUUGGAGGGUGAUAGGAAUGGCUGUGAGGUCAUCCCUGAGGAGGAGGAGAAAAUUAAAGAUCACAUACACAAAAAGCCUUCAAACCAGGACGAGUUUGAUAAAGAACUUGACGAGCUCUUGAAAGAGAUGGACUGGGACAGUAAUACACAGGGGAGCACAACUCAAAAGUCCUGCAAGAAAGUUGAAGUAUGUUCACCACUUCCAAAACCACUGAAUAAAAAACCUUCAGAGGCUGAUACGUUUGAUCAGGAACUUGAGGAUCUCUUGAAAGACAUGGACGGUGACAGUGAUGCACAGAUGAGCAAGAACUCCCUAAAGCCCUGCAACAAUGACAAUGUGUGCACACCAUCCCAGAGAGCAGCGUUUGAAAAACCUUUGACAAACCUACUAGCACCCAAGGCACCACUGCAGAGCAAGCUUGUGGGAAACUGCACUCUGGAUAAAACUAUACCUAUUGGCCUAAGUAAAGCAAACCCACUGCCACCAAUAUCGCACCCUCUGUCUUCAAUGGCAGUGGCUGGGAGACCAUUGCCUCCUCUAAAAGCGGUGGCUUCAGAUGUGGAUGAGUUGGUUGAGAGAAAACCACGAACAAUGAAUACAAAUGGACAGGAGAAAAGACAAGAUGAGGUGGGGGAGAACAAAUUAAUCCACAGAGAGGAGGAUAAAAUAAAGACGCAGGACAAAGACUGUGAUAAAAAUAAGAAAGAUAACAUGCACAUGAGGGCCAGGAAAGUGCGUAGCAUGCCAUCUGAUGUAGGGGGUGAUACAAAGAAACAAGCUUAUCUGGAUGUGGAUGUGGAUGUUGACCAGUUUAUUGAAGAGGAAUUGGAGCUAAUGGAGAAAGAGAAACAAGCAAAGCCACUGUCUUCAAUGGUAGUGUCUAGAAAAGCAUUGCCUCCUCUAAAAGCAAAGGCUUCAGUCAGCCACUCAAGUUUUUUCUCUGCAAAUGUGGGAGGCCAAUACAGACCAUCUCAAAUCGUGAUGAAAGAUAAACCAGUGAUUCCAUCAAUACAAAUGGAAGAUAAUUUUGAUGAUGAAGAGGAUGACAUUGAUUAUGAGGAGAUGAUGAGGGAAACCGAGGAGACGGAGACAAGAAUGAGGGAACACAGGAAAAAUGUGAAAUAGUUUUACCAAAAAUGUAUUUGCUUCUUCUGCUCCUUCCAUGAUCCUCUUGUCAACUGUCAAUUCCCCCAUUUUAUCUGUGUCCUACUGCACCAACACUGUGGCACAGAGGCAACUUGUUCCUUCUCAACUGAACCUGUAUUACUUGAACGACAGGAGCAAUCCACAAGCCCCUUAAAAUUUUCAAUGCAUUAAAAAAAGGGAAAAAAAAUACUUCAUGCUUUUAAUAAUUAUAAAUAUAAAUAUAUAUAUUCAUAUAUAUUGCUUUUAAUAAUUUAAUAAUA